CCGCCGCUUCUCGCUGCGCUGUUCGACGUUUGUCACCGACAGACACAUUUUCUUUCUUUUUAGCCGUUGUUUACAGAAAGAAAUAUUUUUUGAUGGAUCCAUUCACAGAGAGUCUCCUGGAGAGAACCAGGGCAAGGAGUGAGAAUCUGGCCAAGAAGAUGAACAAAGUAUCCCCUCGCAAGAGACGGACUCCUCUAGCUGAAUCAAACUAUGCAGAAAAUGAAGAGAAGAAAGUCCGCAGAGAAGCAUCUCCAGUGAAAUCCGCAGUGCAGAGAUGUGAGGUGAAGGCGGACACCCCGGCUGUUCCUUCCAUCAGGUCACGUAUACACAAACUUGCUGACAUGAGAAAAGAAUGGGAUGCAGAUGGGACAGAGUUAGACUCUCCUCAAAAUGUACCAGCUCCUCGGGCGAGAGAGAUUGAGCUGGAGCCCGUUGUGUCCGUACCCUCUUCUAGGAAGGGUCGCUUUGCUGCCCUGGCUGCCAGCAUCAACAGCUGGGAGGAUGACUUGGACCACCCUAAACAUGAUGUCCACAAGGAGGAGAAGCGACCAACAAGGAAGUGGGAGCGACCAAAGCCAGUGGAGGAGCCCAUCCAGACUCAGCCUUCUCCAAAGAAAAGCUACAAGAGCCAAUAUGUCAAGACUGAGGUUCCUGUGGUAUCUCAAGAGCUCACUCCCAAGAAGCCUGCAAGAAAUGUCAGGUUCCAAGAAGAGGAGGAGGAAGAAAAAGAAGAGGAGAAAACCGUCAUUGGGAACGGACAAGGAAAAGCCCAGAUGAGAUCCCUCCCAGCAGGAAGCCCUAAGAAGCAAGCUCCGAUUGGAUCUAAGAUCGGGUCCAAGAUCGGCAACCAAGGAGGGAAGGCUGAGUUGAGAUCAUUGCAGAGUAGCAGCCCGGUCAAGAGUGCAGCAUCUCGGCUCGGGGUGAGCAAUGCACCGGUAAAGAGGGAUCAUGCUGAGCUGAGGAGUGUAAGUGCAAGCCCGGCGAGAAAAAGAAUCCAGGUGUCCAUGUCUCGUGAGAGAGAACCCUCCAGGUCAGAUUUCCAGAAGCUUUGCCAUCAGCAGCAUCAGCCUCUCCCUAAAGCAAGAGAAGCACCUACUACAACUCAGUACAAGCCUCCAACCAGGCAAUUUGCUUCUCAGCCGAUCGAGGCCCCCAAGAAACAGGUGAACGAGGCCCCCAAGAAACAGGCAACCGGGUCGGUGGCAAACGGCAAAGGAGUUGCUGAUGUCAAGGCAUAUUUUGGGAAGCGUCAGGGGAAUGGUGCAGUUCCAUCCAGCCCCAAGAAGGUUGAGGCACGCGUGGGCGCUAUGGCUAAAUCUAUCCAGGACAGACUGAAACAGCAUCAAGAAAACUGGCACGGCAAUGAUAUCAACACGAAGAUACAGGAGCAAAGGAAGAAGGAGUUAGAUGUCAUCAAGAACAGAUGGAAUCAUUCUGACAAGAAGACUGAUGAGGAUUCACAGCCAGAGAGGGCGCAACCAACGCCCAAGCCAAGAGUGACCAUCACGGCCUCUGUACCAGAGCCAGAAUCAUCCCUGAUGGACGACAGCAGAGAGGAUCAAGACGAGAUGGAAGUAACUGAAGACACCAUCAAUGUCGGCAUGGUGGAGUCACCGCCUCCAGCCAUCUCAUCCUCAGAGGAUGAGGAGGAGGAGGAGCAAGUGUUUGUCCCAAGAGUAGAAGUUAAGACGAUGACCGCCAUCAAGGAGGAAGAGAAAGGCCCUGCCACACCCCAGCCCCCUCCUAGACCCCGUCGGACUAGCAGUAAGCUUCUGGCUGAGGAAGAAGCAAAAGCCGCACAGGCAGCUUUGUCAAUCAAGAAUCCUCUUCCCAAACCAGAGGAAGAUGACGAUAGUGAAUAUGACAGUGAAGAUGAUGAUGAAGAUAUCUGUGAUGUCUUGGGAGACAUUGAUGAUCUUCUCAAUGAGGCAGAGCAAGCCAUGGAAGAAGAGCAAACUCCUGAGAAGAUUCCACAGAAGAUGGCUCAGACGGCCGCUGUACCAGAACAGAAGAAAACCCAGGUCACAACCACAGCACAGAAGCCCCCUACAGGAGGCCUAACCCGUUCCAAGCCAGGCACCUCCGGGUCACCCAACCUAUACAGCAUCGAGUCCUUCCGUAAGCACGGUCCAAAGUCGCCCAGUACAACGGUCACCAAGAGCAUCAUCAGAAGCGAGAGUGGGUCCGUAGGCGCUGGACAGGGAGUCAAACCCAUAGCAUUGAAGCCGGUUCUAGUCAAGGAACAAAUACAGACCUUGAUGGAAGAAGUAUCAGCACAGCAGAGCAUUAUCUAUCAGACGAGUCAAGCAUUGAAUCUAAUCGCAUCUAACCCUGAGCAUAAAGGCACCACGCAGGAAGUAGAGGCAGAGAGACUUCUCCUCAUAGCAGCCCAACGGCGCCAGGCCUGCCUUGCUGAGAUACAGCGACUGAAGACCACAUCUCCAGCCAGAGGGGUAGACACAAUGCAGACAUCAGACGGGGAGGUGAUGAAGGCAUGUAAGGGGUUUGUUACCCUACAAGACCUCAGGCUGCCUCUCAAGACGGAGUAUGUACUCAGCUCAAAACAAGAUCGUAUGUGUCAUUACUACUUCUUGUUGCUGAGAUGCAGAGAGCAUGUCUUAGCCACCCACAUCCAGACCACAGUGGAUGGCUUAUCAGGGGACUGCCUACCAUUCACUAACAUCGCAAAAUUCAAUAAUCUUGACAGUGAUUUUGUCGUGGAGGUGUUCGUCUUUGAGAUGCAGAUCAAGAGACCUAAGCCAGCUGAUGAGAAGACAAAACAAAACUUCUUCUCCGGUCUGACACCCAAGAAGAUCCUUGCAAACAUGUCCAAAGAAACGAGGCAAAGUACAAAGAUAGUGAGUAACCCAAGUCCUGGUGGUCCAGGAUCAGUCCGUGCAAGUAACUUCACAUUGGUAGGCGCAACCAGACUGAGUCUUCAGAGCUUCAGAGUCAGUAGAUUUACUCUCAGCAAGGUUCCCUUUAACUCACCACUAGAGGGCACUGUUCACAUGAGCAUGUCUUGUCACACCAACACCAACGUCUCCGAGAGUGGGUUCCUCACCAUGUUUGAUGACAUCAGUGGAUUUGGGGCGUGGCACAGGCGCUGGUGUACCCUGUCCGGGGGCUACAUAUCAUUCUGGAAAUAUCCCGAUGAUGAGAAUCAUAAGGCCCCAAUUGGAACCAUUGAUCUCAGACAGUGCGUGACCAACGAGGUGGCACCCAUCUCACGGAUCCUGUGCGCUAGACCCAACACAUUCGAGUUGGUAACCCGACAGAAGGAAACCCACUCUAAGAACCACAGGAAGGACACGCUGGUUACCAAACAUGAAGAUUCUGGGGUCACCACAAAGCACAUGCUUUCAGCCGAUGUAAAGGAAGAUCGUCUCAGAUGGAUCCACUCUCUAAAUAAGACACUCCUUGAUCUAAGGACGUGGAAUAGAGAGGCUGCCAGGCCGACGCCCACUCCCUCAUCUUAGGCGGAUGCCCACUCCCUCAUCUUAGACCCUCUACAACUCCUUUAUUUUCCCUCACACACACAGACCCUCCGUCAACAGACCCUAGAUUCUUGGAAAUCACCGUUUUUCAAUGUCAUCUUCCUGUACUGUGCAGAAACCUCCUCCACUUUGAACUCACACACAGUGUGAUAGCUAGACCAAUUUUAGUGGUGGGCCAUUUUCAUUUUGCAAAGAGCACUUCCAUUGGAAGGGAAACUUCUGAAGAUGGUACCAAGUGUACGUGGGUUAAGACUGCAUCAUACCUUACACUUUUGACUGAGCAUUUAGCUAUUUGUAAAUGUAAAAACCAUAACCUUCAAAAGGUUACCAAGACAUUUUUGUGGUUUUUUUUCUCUAAUAAAUUAAAAUUUGGGUGAUUUUUUAAAAAUUUAGUUGAAGCAUUACUCGGUACAAUGUAGUCUCAUGCAUUAUUCAUUACUAAUCUAUAUUGUGUUAGUCAAGUUUAAAGUUUUGGUUUGUAAAUUGCAAAACUUUAGUUCAGUUCAAAGUCAAUAGCAUCUAUUAUUUUACAGGUGAUAUGUAGCAAAAAAAUAUAAUCUUAGUGCAACAAGAUUUAUGCAUUAUUGCUAACAAAUAAUAUGCAAAUUACAUGUACAUGCAGGGAACUUCGUCCAGCAAUCUUGAAAAGCAUUCAAUUUAGACUGAACUUAUUUUGUGCACAUUGAACGCUGAUAAUGAGUUGCACAUCCUGAUUUUUGAGUAGCAAUUGAAACAUUUUGUGUAGCAUUCUGCCCUGCUAAACAAGGGAAAUCGUUUACUGACAUGUAGAAACACAUUGUAUGGAACUCUCAGCAUUAGACUUGAAAGUGUAACAGUUCAAUGAACUUUUACAGUGAAAACUAAAUUUUGUCACUGUUCUUUGUCUAUGGAAUAGGAAUUUUAGUGUACAGAAUAACUUGUAACUGCUUUUCUCAAUGUUAGUGAAAUAUGUUUGACUUCAUGGAGGCACCCUGCUUUAUAUCUAUCAUUUUUAUGUCGUCAUUUAGUGUUUGGGAAAUGACCAACUCUGCACACCCAAACCUACUAGAUGUGAAUUGGUUAUACACCAAUCUGGGCGCGCACUGAGCGCACAAGUGUUGAGCAUCAUGCACUAGAUUGUGCACAAAAAGACACUGCAAUUGUUAAUUUUUUUCAAUAGUGGGCGCUACUAACUUUAUUUCGUCGGAUUGGUCUGUAGAGGCACGCAUCUUUUCAGCAUUUUUGUUUUCCUCGGAACAAAAUUUCAUUUAAUAAUAGUGCCAUAGAAAAUUCAGAAACAGUGUACAAAGUUGAGACUGUUGGGUCAAUUCAAAGUUGUCAGGUUAGUUGUUGUGACUAAAGCCUGGUUCAUACUUCCUGUGAAUAUGAUACCAAUUUUGAAAUCAUAGCUCAGCUUUGUUUUCACUGCGAUUGUGUCGCAGGAUUUGAGCCCAGUUCAACUGCUGCAAACUUUUUGUGAUGUCAAAAUUUGUAAUGCAUUUGCAGGAAGCACGAAACAGGCUUCAGAGUCAAAUUUUCAUGAAGGUUGUAUAACAUUAUUGUUUCACUUUGUAAUCUCAGAACUUCAUUGAGUACAGUCUGUAGAAUAUAUCCAGAACACCAUUAACCAACUGCUGCUAAUGUUUUUUAUUUUUACCAUUUCUGUUAUUUCUUUUUUUUUUGGCGAUUGCCUUCCGCUCAUCUUUUAUGUAGGCAGAGUUGUAUAAAGCAUGUAAAUAAAUGUAUUCGUUUAUAUAGUAUUUUAAUUAUUAAGAAAUAUACUCCUAAUGAUCGUGGUGAUGAAUGUUGCCGUUAUACCCCAAAUAUUAAUUUAAUUUGAUUUUUACAAAAUAAUUUCAAUUUUCCAAUAAAAUUAAUGGUAGAAAAUUAAAAAAGUUUCCAUUUCAAAUCUUUUUCCUCAAUUAGAGGGGCCUCAUCUUUUUUUAUAAAUAAAUUCACAAGCGGCAAGUCUUGUCUUUUUAAAAAAAUCACAAGGGGACAAGUCUUGUCUUUUUCUCUAAAAAUCACAAGGGGCAAGUCUCGUCUUUUUCCCUAAAUCACAAGAGGUAAACCUUGUCUUUUUUAGAGAAAUUACAAGGGGCAAGUAAAGAAUUUCUCUUCUUAAAAAAAACGUAUGGGGGAAGUCUUGUCUUGCCUUUUAAUCACAAAGGGCAAGUCUUUUCUCUCACAAGGACUAAGCCUUGUCCUUUUCAAAAAUCAAUGUUUUAUUUU